AUGUAAACUACUCAUACUAGAAGCUCCUUAAAAAUUAAAUCCUCAAAAAAAAAGAUAGUUUAUCAAAUCCAGUAAAGGGGAUUAUUAAAAAUUUUAAAUUUGAAGACUUAGGUCGUUAAUUAUCUUUAUGAUAAACAAUUUUUCGAUAAUCAACCUCUCAAUGAAGUGAGAAAUUUAUUUGAAUAGAAAAAAAACUUCAAAGUAGACUCAUGCUUAUUAUUAAUCAUUCUGGCGGUGUUCUAUUAAAUAUCUCUAGUCAUNGCAUGCGUUUACUUUGAUCAUGCUUGUAAGAAGAAAAUUUAUCCAUUUAGAGCACAUAGAAAGCAGUAGCUCAAAAGUACGAAGUAUAAUUCGUAGGAUCAGAGUUCAAUCAAUUAGAAGGAUCAGCACUUAAAUGACAACAGACGUGCAUUUUCUUACAAGGUAGUUUUUGCAUGUUAACACAAGGAACACAAAGAACCAAAUGUUUAGGAUUUGCUAGAAAAUCUUAUGGAGUUCAUCUAAACAAUUAUGCAUUAGUCACAGAAUCUUUGUAGGCUUUGCACGAUCCAGAGGAAUCUAAUUAUAUAUUGUUAAGGAAGCAUAAGAAAGGGUUAUAGUGCUGUAGUACCAAAGUGAGCUUAAGAACACGUCAGAUUUUGCAUCAAAAGAAUCGGACAUGCUCGAAUCUUUAUCAUAAGAAAUGUGAUAAUAUCUUUAAUUAUUAGAUGAAUAGUAUGAGCACAUUAAGCAAAGUAAGUAUAACUGAAAGCAGUUCUAGUACAUUCUUAGGGGAUGAAUAACGCAUCUUUAAGUUAACAAGAAAACUAAAAGUAUAGUGCCUCUCAUUAAUUAAGAUUCAGUGUUGUAGUAUCUCAAGUCCAAUAAUUAUAGUAAAUAAAUAGUAAAAUAAAAACAUAGAGUCCCUUUGGACUCUAACUACUAAUGCACAAAGAAGAAAAGUUGAAAUAAUAACAAUCAGCAAUAGGGGAGGCGUAUUUGGAGUUUACAUUCAAAGUAGUAGGCAGAUUUUCAGUAAGUAUAUGGCAGUAUAUUUAUUAGUUGUUGCAAAAAAUAGUUGUAGUAAAUAUAUGUCGUUGUAACCCAAUAUGCAUUGAUUCACUCAUGCAUGAAAAGUAAACCUAAAAAUAAGGAUGAGAAGAAGUCGCCGCUUAUGCUUGAUAUGGAUUGA